UAGUUGUACGUAGAUUAUCUGGCAGCAUGGACGGCGCUCGGCUUGUGUACACAGCACUGUUUGCUUGUCUGAACUGCGCCCGGGUUCUAGCGACGUUGACAUUUACUUUGAACGAUGGCAACCAGAUUCCAGCCGUGGCAUUGGGUACUAGCUUGGGUCAUCUUUCUGACGGAACCCGUGUGCUACCAGUGAAUCAUUCCUUGGCUCGCGCGGUACAGUGGGCACUGGAGGCGGGUUAUAGACAUAUUGACACUGCCACGCUGUACCGAGUCGAAGAUGAAGUCGGCUUGGGACUACACAACUAUCUGAAAGAGACACAUACCAACAGAGAAGACAUUUACAUUACUACUAAACUAUGGAACGACGCUCAUGAAAAUAAUGAAGUGACUCCUGCGUUAAUUGCUUCACUUGUGCAGUUGCAACUGAACUACGUCGAUUUGUACCUCAUGCAUUAUCCAAUGGCUUACAAGAAAGACGGAAGUAUAAGUUUAACUGAUUAUUUGGAGACUUGGAAAGGAAUGGAAAAUGCUUAUAAUUUAAACCUUACUAAGUCAAUUGGAGUAUCCAAUUUCAACAUAAGCCAGAUGCAACGACUUUGGGAUCAUAGUGUUAUAAAGCCAGCUGUUUUGCAAAUAGAGGUGAAUCCAACUAUAACACAAGACGAGCUGGUUGAUUGGUGUGACGAACACGGCGUUAUAGUGAUGGCGUACAGUCCUUUCGGUGGUAUCCUAGGUCGUAAGUCAGAUGCGCCUCCGCCUCGCACCGACCAUCCUAUACUGAAGAGAAUAGCUGCUAAAUACAAUAAGUCUGUGCCGCAAAUACUAUUAAGAUAUUUGUUGGACCGUAAAAUGGUCGCCAUUCCACGUUCUACAAAUAAGGAACGAAUAAAACAAAAUAUUGAUAUAUUGGAUUUCUCGCUCACGAAGGACGAAGUUAAAGAAUUAUCUACUUUUAAUAAGAAUUACAGACUGCGGACUCCUGCAAAGUGGUACUCACAUCCUCACUUCCCUUUUGAAAAGAAAAAUCUAACUGAGAAAGAAAUUCAGUACAUAAUAGAACAUAGCAUUGAAGACUAAAACAAUAGAUUAUAGCUAAAUGGUUUUAACUUAAAAGCGAUAAUUUCUUGUUACUUAAGUACAAGUAUACCUAAAUAAAUAUCACUUAAUUUGCAUACUAAUGUGUGUAAUAUAAAA